AUUUAUAAAACAUAUAUUAUUUCUCGUGAACAUUCUACUAUUAGAUACAAUAACUAAAUCAUGAUCAAUGAAAAUAAAAAUGAAUUGUGUGCCGAUAUCAAUCCUGAAGAAAUUGUUAUUUCUGGCAUUUCUGGUAUCUUCCCAGGUGCGAACAAUAUGAAACAGUUACAAGAAUAUCUGUUUAACAAAGUUGAUCUUGUUACAGACAAACAUAACCGAUGGAAAUUAGAACAUUCGGAUUUACCAAAACGUAUGGGAAUAAUCAAUAAUUUAAAUAAAUUCGAUGCGGACUAUUUCAAUAUGUGUGAUAUUCAAGCCAAUACACUUGAUCCAGUAUUGAGAAGAUUAUUGGAGCAUACUUACGAAGCAAUUGUCGACGCGGGGAUCAAUCCAAUGCAAUUACGAGGAAGAAAUAUUGCUACGAUCGUGGGACAAUCUUUCUUUGAUACGCAAGAGAUACUUAUGUAUCGAGACUUGCAGAUCAAUGGUGUAAAUCUUACUGGCUCUUGUAGAGCUUCAAUGGCAAAUUUAAUUUCCUAUUGGCUGGAUUUGAAAGGACCAUCUUAUGUAGUCGAUUCAGCCUGUAGUUCUACUCUUUAUGCUAUAGCAAUUGCUCGUUACUACAUCACAUCUGGUAAAUGCGAAGAUGCUAUUGUUGCCUCUGGAAAUUUGUGUCUUCAUCCGAAACUGACUAUGCAAUUUUUUUGUCUCGGUGCUUUGUCACCAACAGGCUAUUGCAAGCCGUUUGAUGUAAACGCAAAUGGUUAUACCCGUAGUGAUACUAUAUCGGUAAUAUAUCUUCAAAAGGCAAAAAACGCGAAAAGAAUUUACGCUUUAUGCAAACACAUUAAACUGAACAGCGAUGGAUUCAAAGAGGAAGGAAUAACAUUUCCAUCGAAACAUAUGCAAACACAUUUGUUAACCGAGUUUUAUCAAGAGUGUGGAAUAUCGCCAACUAAUGUGGAAUACGUCGAAGCGCACGGUACUGGCACAAAAGUUGGUGAUCCAUCGGAAGUCAAUGCUAUCUGCAAUGUUUUCUGCAAGGACAGAAAAACUCCGUUGUUAAUUGGAUCUGUAAAAUCUAAUCUUGGUCACGCUGAAUCAGCGAGCGGUAUAAAUCAGAUUGCUAAGGCUAUAAUCGCAAUGGAAACUGGUUUUAUUCCGCCGAUGAUCAACUUUACGUCACCACGAGAAGACAUAGAAUCUCUCAGAAAUGGAACUGUACGUGUUGCCACGGAACCAACGCGUCUGACAAACGGUUACAUAGGCAUAAACUCGUUCGGAUUUGGAGGAUCUAACGGACACUUAUUAUUGAAGUGGAACCCUAAAAAAAAGAUCAAUAACGGUGCGCCAAAUGAUGACUUGCCAAGACUUGUUACUGUAUCUGGACGCACUGAAGAAUCAGUGCAGUCUUUUUUAAAGGAUGUCGCAAAUCAUCCAUUAGAUGUGGAAUAUAUUCGUUUACUGCAUGACAUUCAUGCUUGUAAUAUAGAGGGUCAUUCAUGGAGAGGAUAUAUUAUACUGGAAAAGACGCAACAGCGUUUGAUAAAAGAAAUUCAGGUUUAUAAAAACAACAAAACACCUGUUUGGUUUAUAUUUUCUGGAGUGGGCUCACAAUGGUUUGGAAUAGGUCAACAUUUACUCAAAUUUCCUGUUUUCGCACGUAGUAUAAAAAUGUGCGAUAAUGUUUUAAAACAAUAUAACGUAAACGUAACUGCUAUUAUAACGAUGAUAGACGAAAGAAUGAACAAAAGUCCUGUCAAUACAUUGCUUUGUAUCGUUGCAAUUCAGAUUGGAUUAGUAGAUCUUUUAACGUCUUUGGGAAUUAUUCCGGAUAACAUGAUCGGAUAUUCUGUUGGAGAACUUGGAUGUGCAUAUGCAGAUAAGUGUCUCACUAUUGAACAAACUAUUUUAUCAGCGUACUUGAUUGCUUUGGCGUGUGUCGAAAGCACAGUGCCUUGUGGAUCUAUGGCCACUGUCAAUCUUGAUUACGAAACUCUCAAAACUAUAUGUCCAGCAGAUAUUAAAAUUGCAUGCCGCAAUAGUCCGAAAAGCAAUGUUAUAAGUGGACCCGCGGAAUGUGUGCGUGUGUUUAUGAAAACGUUACAGGCUCGUGGCACAAAUGUGCAAAAAAUUUCCUGCAACAAUAUACCUUACCAUAGUCAUUAUCUUGCGUCUAUUAAAGAUGAACUUUUAAGAAGCUUAAGUCUACUAAUAUCACAACCUAAGAAAAGAAGCUCAAGAUGGAUCAGCACAUCUGUAUCUUCUACUGAGUGGUCUAUUUCACAAAUGUGUUCCGCUGACUAUCUCACAAAUAGUAUACUGACUACUGUUCUUUUUGAACAAACAAUACGUAUGAUCCCAAAUAAUGCUGUCACUAUAGAAAUUGCACCAACUAGUGUUUUGCAGCAUAUCCUGAAAGAAUCUUUGCAUCCACAAGUAACUAACAUCAUGCUUACUCAGUGCACGAACGAAAAUCCAGUCGCUUUAAUGUUUCAAGGAAUUGGAAAACUUUAUAACUGCGGCUUGCAACCACAAAUUGCCGCUUUAUAUCCGCCCGUAGAAUUUCCAGUUAGCCGUGGAACUCCCAUGAUUUCUCCAUCUAUUAAAUGGGAUCACUCGAAAAACUGGAUUGUAGCGCAUGAGAUACCAAAAUAUGAUAACAUCAGAGAGAGACUCGUCAAAGUACAGCUUAGCGAUGAAGACUACGAAUACAUGACAGGUCACGUAAUAGAUGGGAGAACCUUGUUGCCAGCGAUGGGUUAUGUUGUGCUUGUUUGGGAAACUAUCGGAAAAAUCAAAGGAGAAUUAUAUUUAUCACUACCAAUAAUAUUUCGAGACUUAAGAUUCGUUCGCGCUACUCAUUUAUCGAAAAAUGAUAGUGUGGAAUUGACAAUCAGGAUACACGAAGGAAGCGGUAAGUUCGAAGUAUGUGAAGAAGACACUGUCGUUGUGACGGGUGAGGUGUCCACUGAGAUAGAUCCUAAACAGAAAAUCGCAUCGUUUGAUUUAUCACCGGAUAAGGAGGAAGAACACAUGAACACUCUGGAUAUUUACAAAGAACUGAAAUUACGCGGAUAUCAAUACAGUGGUGUUUUUCGUGGAUUAAUUAGCGCAUCAAUAACAGGUGACAAAGGACACGUCGUUUGGACGAGUAAUUGGGUCACAUUUAUGGACACGUUGCUGCAGUUGAAUAUAUUUGGAAAAAAUAGCAAAGGUUUAUACGUUCCUACAAACAUUCAAAAACUAGUAAUUAAUCCGAUCCUUCAUAACGUAACGUUACAAAACUACGCAAAAAUAAACACGACGCAAAAUAGUAAACAAUUGCCAGUACGAGUAUACAAAAACAUGGAUCUCAUAAUAUCCGGUGGCGUAGAAAUUUGGGGAGUGAAAACUACGUUGAUCGCUCGCCGGAAAAUAAACGCGGAUCCCGUUAUUGAGGAGUACAGAUUUACGGCCCAUCAAGAUCGCGAAAAAAUUUCCUUGCACGACGCAAUACGGAUAUCAACACAAAUCGCACUGGAGGAUCAUCAGAUUACAAAAAUGAAGAUCAUCGAAGUGGUGGAAGAUACAGAUAUCGUAAGCACAGAAGAUCUAACAACUUUGGCGAUACUUGAAGUUUGCAAUAAUUUGCUGUUGGUACAAGCAUCUAUUACUCUAAUUACAUCGCCGUUUCGGUUUAAGUCGUCAUACUUGCCAUCGAACGUAACAUUCGCGGAUUUAAGAACACACGUGGACAAUAAAGUGUUAAUGAUUAUAGGGUUUAAUUUAUUGUCAAAACGGAGCUUAUUAGAACGAAUUUUACUCUUCCUCGAAGAAGGUGGUUUCUUGUUAUCGCGUGAGACAUACGACGUAACAGAACCAACGGAAUCGCAUCGCGAUUAUUCCGCAUUAAUCGGCAACGAUAAUUUAGAACAAUAUGGAUUGAAUGUUAUUCUUGAAAAGCGUACCAAAAAGGAAAUGAUUGUGCUUCUGAAAAAACAAGUUACGAUCAAAGAAACAACUAUUGUUCACAUUACCAAUAAUAACUUUGAAUGGUUGGAAAAAUGGAAGCUACUUGUAGACAAGAAGAAAACAUUCGAUCGAAACAACAGAAUUGUAAUUGUUAGCGAAGGCGAUUUUGAAUGCGGUUUAUUGGGCUUUGUUAAUUGCUUGAGAAAAGAACCCGGUGGCGAAUUUGUUAGAAGUGUGUUUGUUCAAGACGAGACUGCUCCGAAAUUUUCUUUGCAAGAUCCUUUCUACGCGCAACAAUUGCGGAAAGAUAUGACGGUCAAUGUUUUGGGAUCUAAAAAAACUUGGGGUUCGUACCGGCAUUUCUGUUUGCCAGCCCCGGAACCUGCACUUGUUCCCGCUGCUUACGUGUGUCAAACGGUUCUUGGUGACCUAAGUUCAUUUUGUUGGAUGGAGAAUGAUAUAUUCAUUAAUUCUCAUUGUGAGGACUUGAUACGUGUGACUUACUCAUCCCUAAAUUUUAAAGAUGUAAUGCUAGCUACAGGAAAAUUAACUUCUGAAAGCAGUGAAGAGCGAUUUGAGAGCGUGAAUCUUGGAUUGGAGUAUGUAGGAUUCGAUGCCGAAGGACGACGAGUAAUGGGAAUGAGAGACAAUAAAUGCAUCGCAAAUAUCGUUUUAAAAAGUGAUUUCCAAUGGAUCAUACCCGAUACUUGGACGUUCGAAGAGGCGGCUACGAUUCCUUGCGUAUACAGCACAUCGUAUUACGCUUUAUAUAUCAAAGGGAAAAUAAAAAAGGGCGAUAAGAUACUUAUACAUUGUGGUUCCGGUGGUGUUGGACAGUCAGCUAUUAAUCUCGCUUUGCAUGAAAAAUGCGAAGUGUUUACCACAGUAGGCACCGCCGAAAAGCGACGAUUUAUCCGAGAAACGUUCCCGACUAUUCCUGACGAUCACAUCGGGAAUUCGCACAACAUCAGUUUCGAGCAGAUGGUUAUGCGCCAAACAAACGGCCGCGGUGUUGAUAUAGUGCUGAAUUCAUUGGCGGAGGAAAAACUCCUCGCGUCUGUUCGCUGUUUAGCGCAAAACGGUCGUUUCUUGGAAAUCGGAAGAUACGAUCUCGUAUCGAACAAUCCUUUAGAUGUGUCAUUAUUUAGAAAAGGAAUCUCUUUUUACGGUAUUUUUCUGGAUUCAAUGUUUGGAAAAGAACACAAGCACAAGGCCCAAUUAGUGAAAUUAAUGAAUGAUGGUCUCAAGAAUGGUGUUAUCAAACCCAUAGAAGCUAAGGUUUUUCAACGAACAGAAAUCGAACAGGCUUUUAGGUACAUGGCGAGUGGAAAGCACAAAGGAAAGAUAAUUUUGAAUAUUCAAGAGGCAGACAAAUGUCGUAUAAACGCGCCGAUCGUCGCGCAUCGUCGUUACUACUGUUAUAGCGAUAGAAUUUACAUCAUACUUGGUGGUCUAGGUGGUUUUGGAUUGGAAUUGACCGAGUGGCUAAUAUCUCGAGGCGCAAGAAAUUUUGUGUUGACUUCGAGAAGCGGAAUCAAACAUAGCUAUCAACGCAUGAAAGUGUCGUUAUGGAGAUCAUAUGGAGUUAACGUGACAAUCAUUAAAGAUAAUAUUACCACCAAUCCUAUAGAUUGCGAACAUUUUCUGCGAUGUACGGAAAAAAAAACACCUGUUGAUGCUAUAUUUAAUCUCGCUGCUAUUUUAAAAGAUAAUAUUCUGGAGAAUCAAACUACGGAAAGUUUUGUGGAAUCUUUUAAAGCUAAAGUCUGGCCGACACAAACGUUGGAUAAACUGUCCAGAAAGAUCUGUUCCAAACUCCGGCAUUUCGUUGUGUUCUCCUCGGUUUCCUGUGGUAGAGGAAUCAGCGGCCAAACUAAUUACGGUAUGGCCAAUUCUGUGAUGGAAAGGAUAUGCGAAAGAAGGGUAAAAGAUGGAUUUCCUGGUUUAGCGAUACAGUGGGGAUCUAUUGCUGACGUGGGUCUCAUCGCUAACAUGCAGAAUAACAGCGACAAAGAACUCGUUAUUAGUGGCAUGCUGCAACAAAAAAUAUCUUCUUGCCUCAAUGAACUCGACAAAUUUUUACUUCAGAAUCGACCGAUCGUAGGCAGCGUGGUGAUAGCUGAAAAGAAACAAGAAGUACCCGAAUUCUUUAAUGUAUUUCGAGCCGUCGCUGCUAUUAUGAAUAUAGAAAACAUAAACAAAAUAAGACCGACUACAUCUCUGGCCGAGCUUGGGAUGGACUCUAUAUUGGCGGUAGAGAUCAGACAAACUCUGGAACGUCACUUCGAUGUGUACCUUUCUUUACAAGAAAUACGAAAUCUCACUUUUGCAAAACUCUUGGAGAUGUCUGACACACGGACCGUCGCUGAUGGAACCUCCCGCGCUGCAGAUCGACCGUCAAAUAAAGCUAUAAAUUGCCUAAAAUAAUUUAUCAAAUAAAAACGAUAUCAGUUUUACUUUUCGUCAAAAGACUAGAUAAUAAAUAUAUAAAUUUAUACAACUCGUUUUUCGUGAUAAAGAAUCGAAAAAAUAUAAAGAUUUACUUACGCUAU